AUGGAUAAGAUAUACGUUUAUGCUGGUGAAAAUAAGCCGAAAGUCGAGCUUACCAAAAUCAAGAACGUGCCGCGAAUUGAAGAGAUAAUAAGGUAUUUACAUAGGAUGCAAGAUGUGUUUCAGCUGCAACUAAGAGCUGUGGAAACAAUUACAGGAAACUUAAAGAUAAAGUCCAAUUCGCAUAGUGAUGAUACUGACGAUCAUGACAAGCCGUUUUACAUUUUAGAAUAUUGCGUCGCUGAAGAUACGUAUUCUUUAUGGAAAUCACGUUCAGAAUGGAAGUUGAGUUCUGCAAUAGCAACUUUAUACGGCAGUAAUACGUUAACGGACUUACCUGAUCGUCUAGUUGAAGCAUUGAAAGACUCACAGCAUAUCUUCAUGGUCAGAAACCUACUUAAAGAGUUCAACAUUAGGGAUACCAUGAAGAUCGAUUGGGACUCUAUUGCCACUGACCUUAUGAUAUUUUUUGAAGCCAGAGAGUUGAAGAAACCAAUUGAUCCUUAUGAGCUUAAAACAUCAAUGGCUCUUUCUCUGCUUAGAUCUAUGGUUGACCUUAAUAAAAGAGAGCUUGGCUCUACCCUUCUAUCGUAUGAUGUUAAAGUCCAUCAGGACAACAGCCCAGUUUCAUCUCCUCCUUCCGCUUCCACUAAAGCUAAUAAAAAUAUAACGUUUCAGUCUGAUUACACACAUAUGCCAUCAACCCAACUUCAAUCAAACUUCAACACUUUCUUCCAAUCCAUGGCUGAGAAUUUCGAGACCUAUGACACGGAAAGACAACCUUCUACGAGAUCAUUGAGGUUGCCGUCAUUUGCAAAGAAUAAAAAAACACCUGCCGGACAGGUCCAUAAACCUGCUAGGAAGGGGAACGGAAUGUCUAUCAACUAA